UAUAAUUUAAAAAUACAAUGAAUAAAUUUCUCGAAGAUGAAUCAUUAGUAAUAAACAAUGAAUCUGACUCCCAGGAGGUUGACAAGGAAGAACUCGAAGAGAGAAGGCAAGAAAUGCUAAAAGAUAACAGACUUGAGAAAUAUAAUGCGUAUAAGAAGAAAACUAGCCCUGCAAUAAAAGAUGAUGACCUAUAAAAGAGCCUCAUCUUUUUAGUUAUUCUCGGCCGAAACUUAAAUAUUUUCUUGAAAAUAAACAAGGGCGCAGUUCAGCCAAGAAAAACUCAUUCAAGUUUUUUCAGGCAAUGACGCUGGGAGAUACAUCUGAUGUAGAGAGUAUCCAUUCCUUGAUAUCCGCUAAAGGAUAUAAAUAUAAGCCUAAAAUUUUUGAAAUACUUAAGAAGCAUUCUAUGCAAUCGUGUAAAAUCUGUCAAAGUAAACGAGGAGAUCUCAAGCUGGUCCACCAGAACCUUGAGGAGAAAUAUACUACCUCUCUUGACUUCUACAACGUCAAAAUUAUUAAUGAUAUUAUGUACAAUGAGAAGGUGAAAGUGGUUUGUAUGUUCAAGGAUUACCUGAUCUAUGAUGAUCUCACUGAAUUCCUCAAGCGGAGUUACUCCUUCCCUGAGGCCAUCAUUAGAUUAUCCAAAAUAUAUGAGUUCUAUGAUGCCUAUUCCCAGGUGUUUCCUAAUUACAUUACUUUGUCUUCCCGCAAACAUAUGUAUAAAAAUAUUGAGCGGAAACAGCGCCUUAUAGAAGCUCAGAACAGCAGCAAUUCGAGUGAUUCCAGCAUGACAGAGGAGAAUGAGAGUCCUGGCCAAAGAAAGCUAAAAGUGCCUACCAAAAUAUUCAACUCAACAUUUAUGGAAUCCUUAUUAAAAACAAAGAAGAAGCAAUAUGAAAAUAUGAACUUGGAAGGAAUAGUUGACAGCUUUGUCAGGAACUCUGUGUCUCACAACGAAAUCUCCUCCUUCCUGAAUGAUAGUAAUUACUCGAUAUUCUCCAAAACUGCGCAGAGGAACACUCCUCAGAAGAGUGCCAUUGACUUAUUAGCGCAAGAGCACAGGAGUCUUCAGGCCAAAGUAAAGAAGAAUCAGCAGAGAAAUGAUGAAAAGGAGGCCAAACCCAAACCUACAAAGGUGAAGAAUCAUAAAGUAACUGGGAAAGUUAGGACAUUUGAGUCCAAAAAAUCCCAAGAGAGCAUUUCAGCCAAAAAGAAGUUGAUUAAUAAUUUCAUUGAGAAAAAGAAGAAGAGAGGUAAACUCAAAGUUGAAAUAGAUCUUCCUACUAAUGAAGAAAAUCACCUCAAAUAUUCACUCAUUACUAACAGCUCGGAUGGGCAGAAGAUAAUUUACCUGAAGAAGAAGGAAGGGUCUAAAGAGAGCAGCCUUGACCCUGAAGAAGCUAUUAGCAAGUAUGCUGAAGACGGAGACUUGCCUAAAGCUUCUAAAAAGAUAGCCAAGAAGCCAAUUAAGAACGUACAGGCCUUCCUUACAUCAACUUUUCCUAAAGAGCAACCUCAGUGAGAGAGCCAGAACUCGAGCAAAAGUGGGUCAGGGAAUGUUCUAAACAGAUUUUCUUCAGUCAGCUCGAAAGGCAAUGAGAAUAUUUUGGAGAUAGAAACUCUGAAAUCUAAAGUGAAAGAAACUCAGACAACACGGGAAAGUGUACAAGUCUAUUGAAAAUAACGAGACCUUCCGGCCUCACACUGUACAGGAUUAUGUAGUUAAGCCUCCAAGUUGUUCAUCGAAGAAAUCUGAUAAAACGGGUAAACUGAGAUAUCCUGAUGGGUCUAAAAGGUGCAUCAAGUCAUCUAAGUCAAGGAUGACAUCCGAUCUUGUCAAUCUCAUAAACCAGACAAAGAAAGAGGUUGAAAAUCUCCGAGCGUUCCGGAGAAAUUCCAAAAAUGGAGGCAAGACAGAGAAUAAAUAAGAAUACCUAUGCUAGCCCGGUAGGCGACAGAAACAAGGACGAUGCAUAUGGGCUGAAGGAUAAGGCCCUGAACUCUGAUAAAUAGCGAUAAUACUAAACCCAAAAGGAAAUUGUUCCUCACCGGAUCUAAUAGUAAUAGGAAAAAUAAGGUCAAGAGUAAGCAGGCCAAUUACCAACCAGUCUCUGGUAAGAUAGACCUGGUCAGCAGGAAUGACAGGAGUGUCACGCAAGUACGAGAAGAGAACAACAAAACCCUAGAAAGAGGUAAAACCAAGAGUAAAAACAGAUUUUUGGUGAGUAAGAAGUACAACAACAGAAUGGUGUCUACCAAGGCAAAGCAUUCAAAGGAUACAAUAAAGUCCUACCUUGCGAAUAGUAUGAAGUUCGCUUCAGGCCCAAGUACCAGCAUGUCAAAGUAUGCUCAUAAUCAUACUAAUAUUGGUGAUAAUUUUACCCCAACUUCAACAACCUCGAACAAGAUCAAUAUAAAAGGGAGCUUGCUUUCUAAGAAGAAGGUGGCUUCGUACAAGAAAAGCAAGAAACAAGAGUCAACUAAAGAAGAAGCGAAGAACUACAAAAAGAUAAAGUCCUUGCUUAAGAAUUGAAAAAUCCAAGGGAAGCCAGACAGUAGGAAGAGUAAUUUAUACCUCAGCGAUUCUAAAAAUUCAGGCCCAAAGAGCAGUAUUAGAAAUCCUGGCAGCACGAAAUCGACAAAGACGAGACACAGGCUGACGCCUGUAUCUGUCAACACGAUCUCUACCACAAGUAGGUUCCAGAACCAGUUAGGACACAGUGAUUUGUAUAGAAAAAUUGCUAAAACUCGUAAAUAACUAAUCAAUUAAAUAUUA